GCGCGUGUUUGGUUUAAAAACGAAAAAAACGGCUUUUUAUUGCCGCAAACUAAUUUGGCAAACCGGAAAGUGCGGCCAACCGGAUAUAUAUUCUUCGUAUUUCAUUAGUGCCCCGUGCAAUCCAUUGAUGUGGUAGAAAUCUGUGAUAGAAAUCGCGCGAAUCCUCGCACCACUCCGUCAUCGAAAGUGAACCAUCCCACUGCCGCUCCAACUCAGGCGAAAACAGACAUUACUUACCGACCGUUGCUGGGUCAGGAUGCGCCGCUUGAAUGAUUGACCGCCUACAGAUUCGUCGCUUGGGUGCAGCUGCUAGAAACAAACGCGCAGGAGGCGGAGGCGGCGGCGGAGUUGGAGCAGUAGGCAGCGCCGGCGGCGGAGGAGCAGGGGCGGUACCGGGAGCGGCUGGAGCGGCGGGGACGGGACCGACCACUGGAGCGUCAGCGGCAGCGGCAGCGACAGCGGCCAGCGGUACAAGCGGCAGUGGUGGCCACCAUCAGCACCACUCGCACCAUUCGCAUCCGUCGUACUCCACGAGCGGCAUCAACACGCCGGCGACGGCCAGCACCAGUUCCUCCAGCGGCAACAGCUUGACGCCGCAGCAGCAACAGCAACAGCAGCAGCAGCAGCAGCAUCCACACCAUCAGUCGCAUCACGGAUCGCACCACUACGCACACCACCAGCAGCAGCAUACGCAUCACCACGCGCCGCCGCACACGCACCAUCCGCAUCCGCAUCCGCACGGACAUCCGCAUACGUAUCCGCACCUGCGACACUCGCAGCCGGCGUCCGCCAGCCAGUUCAGCUUCAAUCCAUCGCCGGGCAGCAGUCCUGGCAACGGACUGGGACUGGGCGCUCGCCAGGAUGCGGCCAGUGCGCUCAACAGUCCGACGACCAUUGUGAACUCCGGUAGCGGCAGCGGCGGCGGCAGCAGCGUCGCCUUCGGCAUGCAGCCGCAGCAGCAGCAACAGUCGUUGGCCGGCGGUGGAGGCGGUGGCUCCUCGGCGACAGCGGCUCCAUCCUCGGGCGGUGGCCACAACAAUGGCGCCGGGAUGGCAGCGGUCGUUGCUGGUGGCGUCGGUGGUGGUGGUGGUGGCGGUGGUCUCAAUCUGCUCGGCGGACUGGGCGGCAUGGGUGGCAUGGGCGGUGGUGCAGCUGCCGCCGGCAUGGGCAUUUGUGGCGGCAUCAGCAGCACCGUGGGCAGUGCCGCCAUCACCGGAGUGCCGCCCAUUGGACUGGGCAUUGCCACCGGGAUUGGCAACAAGAUCAUGCUGGGCCGCAAGCAGAGCCUGAAGGGCGGCGAACCCUUCCUGGCGGACUACGGACCGGAGGAGUCGCUCAACGAGAGCGCCGACAUCGAGUGGGUGAACAAGCUGUGGGUGCGCCGCCUGAUGCGGCUGUGUGCCCUCGUCUCGCUGACCUCCGUGUCACUGAACACGCCCAAGACCUUCGAGCGCUAUCCGUCGCUGCAGUUCAUCACCUUUGCCUCGGACACGGCGGUCACGCUGCUCUUCACCGCCGAGAUGAUCGCCAAGAUGCACAUCCGUGGUGUGCUGCAUGGUGAGGUGCCUUAUUUGAAAGAUCACUGGUGCCAGUUCGAUGCUUCCAUGGUCAGCUUCUUGUGGAUUUCCAUCAUUCUGCAGAUCUUCGAGGUGCUGGAGAUAGUUCCAAAGUUUUCCUAUUUAUCCAUUAUGAGAGCCCCGAGACCCUUGAUCAUGAUUCGCUUCCUACGCGUCUUCCUCAAAUUCAGCAUGCCAAAAAGCCGCAUUAACCAAAUCUUCAAACGUUCGAGCCAGCAAAUUUACAAUGUGACACUGUUCUUCCUGUUCUUCAUGUCGCUGUAUGGUUUGCUGGGAGUUCAGUUCUUUGGCGAACUGAAAAAUCACUGUGUGAUGAAUAAUACGGAGUACGAUAAAUAUAAAAGGCCUAUGCUGACAAUCAAUUCGCUGGCCAUUCCGGAUACGUUCUGCUCGAUGGACCCCGACUCCGGCUACCAGUGCUCGCCGGGCAUGGUGUGCAUGAAGAUGGACUUCCUGAGCAGCUAUGUGAUCGGUUUCAAUGGCUUCGAGGACAUUGCGACCAGCAUCUUCACGGUCUAUCAGGCGGCCUCGCAGGAGGGUUGGGUGUUCAUCAUGUACCGGGCCAUCGAUUCGCUGCCGGCAUGGCGAGCCGCCUUCUACUUCAGCACGAUGAUCUUCUUCCUGGCGUGGCUGGUGAAGAACGUGUUCAUAGCGGUCAUUACGGAGACCUUCAACGAGAUCCGUGUGCAGUUCCAACAGAUGUGGGGCGCCCGGGGGCACAUCCAGAAGACGGCCGCCUCGCAGAUCCUGAGUGGCAACGAUACCGGCUGGCGACUGGUGACCAUCGAUGACAACAAGCACGGCGGACUGGCGCCGGAAACGUGCCAUGCGAUACUGAGAUCACCGUACUUUCGCAUGCUGGUGAUGAGCGUCAUCCUGGCCAAUGGCAUCGUGACGGCCACCAUGACGUUCAAGCACGACGGACGACCGAGGGAUGUGUUCUACGAGCGGUACUACUACAUCGAGCUGGUCUUCACCUGCCUGCUGGACCUGGAGACGCUCUUCAAGAUCUAUUGCCUGGGCUGGCGUGGAUACUACAAGCACUCCAUUCACAAGUUCGAGCUGCUCCUGGCCGCCGGCACCACGCUGCACAUCGUACCCAUGUUCUAUCCCUCCGGUCUGACCUAUUUCCAGGUGCUACGCGUGGUGCGACUGAUCAAGGCCUCGCCGAUGCUGGAGGGAUUCGUUUACAAAAUCUUCGGGCCGGGCAAGAAACUCGGCUCACUGAUCAUCUUCACCAUGUGCCUGCUGAUCAUCAGCUCGAGCAUCUCGAUGCAGCUGUUCUGCUUCCUCUGCGACUUCACCAAAUUCGAGUCCUUCCCGGAGGCCUUCAUGAGCAUGUUCCAGAUCCUCACGCAGGAGGCGUGGGUUGAGGUCAUGGACGAGACGAUGAUCCGCACGAGCAAAACGCUAACGCCGCUGGUGGCCGUCUAUUUUAUACUGUACCAUCUGUUCGUCACCCUCAUCGUGCUCAGUCUGUUCGUGGCGGUGAUUUUGGAUAACUUGGAACUGGACGAGGACAUCAAGAAGCUGAAGCAGCUGAAGUUUCGCGAACAGAGCGCCGAGAUCAAGGAGACGCUGCCCUUCCGCCUGCGCAUCUUCGAGAAGUUUCCCGAUUCGCCACAGAUGACCAUACUGCAUCGCAUACCCAAUGACUUUAUGCUGCCCAAGGUGCGCGAGAGCUUCAUGAAGCACUUUGUCAUCGAGCUGGAGACGGAGGACUCGCUGGUCGAGAACUGCAAGCGACCCAUGUCCGAGUGCUGGGAGUCCAAUGUGGUCUUUCGCAAGCAGAAGCCCGUCCGCAUCAUGAACAAGACGGCCAAAGUCCGGGCCGCCGGCAGUAGUCUGCGCAAACUGGCCAUCACGCAUAUCAUUAAUGACAGCAACAACCAGCGCCUGAUGCUGGGCGACUCGGCCAUGUUGCCCGUGGUGGGGACGAAGGGCGGCGGUGGGUUGAAGUCGCAGGGCACCAUCACCCACUCGAAGCCGUGGCGCGUCGACCAGAAGAAGUUUGGCUCCCGCUCCAUUCGUCGCAGCGUGCGCUCCGGUUCCAUUAAGCUGAAGCAGACGUACGAGCAUCUCAUGGAGAACGGUGACAUUGCGGCCGCGCCACGUGCCAACUCGGGACGUGCACGUCCCCAUGAUUUGGACAUUAAGUUGCUGCAGGCGAAGCGACAGCAGGCGGAGAUGCGGCGCAAUCAACGGGAGGAGGAUCUGCGCGAGAAUCAUCCGUUCUUCGAUACGCCGCUGUUUCUGGUGCCGCGCGAGAGUCGCUUCCGCAAGAUUUGCCAGAAGAUCGUGCACGCCCGCUACGAUGCCCGUCUCAAGGAUCCGCUGACCGGCAAGGAGCGCAAGGUCCAGUAUAAAAGCCUGCACAACUUCCUUGGUCUGGUCACGUAUCUGGACUGGGUGAUGAUAUUCGCGACGACGCUCUCCUGCAUCUCGAUGAUGUUCGAGACACCCAAUUACCGGGUGAUGGAUCAUCCGACGCUGCAGAUCGCCGAGUACGGGUUCGUUAUUUUCAUGAGCCUGGAGCUGGCGCUGAAGAUUUUGGCCGACGGGCUGUUCUUCACGCCGAAGGCUUAUAUCAAGGAUGUGGCCGCCGCACUGGAUGUGUUCAUCUAUGUGGUGUCCACGUCGUUCUUGUGCUGGAUGCCCCUGAAUAUACCAACCAACUCGGCGGCCCAGCUCCUGAUGAUCCUGCGCUGCGUGCGACCGCUGCGUAUCUUCACCCUGGUGCCGCACAUGCGGAAGGUGGUGUACGAGCUGUGCCGCGGCUUCAAGGAGAUCCUGCUCGUAUCCACGCUGCUCAUCCUCCUCAUGUUCAUCUUCGCCAGCUACGGCGUCCAGUUGUACGGCGGUCGCCUGGCCCGCUGCAAUGAUCCCACGAUCUCGCGGCGCGAGGAUUGCGUCGGUGUGUUCAUGCGACGUGUGUUUGUUACCAAAAUGAAGUUGACCCCGGGUCCGGAUGAGUCCUAUCCGGCGAUGCUGGUGCCGCGUGUGUGGGCCAAUCCAAGGCGUUUCAACUUUGAUAACAUCGGGGAUGCCAUGCUGACGCUGUUCGAGGUGCUCUCCUUCAAGGGAUGGCUGGAUGUGCGCGAUGUUCUGAUCAAGGCCGUGGGUCCGGUACAUGCCGUCUAUAUCCACAUCUAUAUAUUCUUGGGCUGCAUGAUCGGGCUGACCUUGUUCGUGGGCGUGGUCAUUGCCAAUUAUUCGGAGAACAAGGGCACCGCCCUGCUGACCGUCGACCAGCGGCGUUGGUGUGACCUCAAGAAGCGUCUGAAGAUCGCCCAGCCGCUCCAUCUGCCGCCCAGGCCCGAUGGCCGGAAGAUCCGUGCCUUCACCUACGACAUCACCCAGCACAUCAUCUUCAAGCGGGUCAUCGCAGUGGUCGUCCUGAUCAACAGUAUGCUGCUCAGCAUCACGUGGAUCAAGGGAGAGGUGCAUACGGAACGCCUGGUGAUCGUCAGUGCGGUAUUGACCUUUGUCUUUGUGGUUGAGGUGGUGAUGAAGAACAUUGCCUUUACACCGCGCGGCUAUUGGCAAUCUAGGCGCAAUCGCUAUGACCUCCUCGUCACCGUUGCCGGUGUGAUUUGGAUAAUAUUGCAGACCAUUCUGCGGAACGAUCUGUCCUACUUCUUCGGCUUCAUGGUGGUCAUCCUGCGCUUCUUCACCAUCACCGGCAAGCACACCACACUGAAGAUGCUCAUGUUGACCGUGGGCGUGUCUGUAUGCAAGUCCUUCUUCAUUAUCUUCGGCAUGUUUCUGCUAGUCUUCUUCUAUGCGCUGGCCGGAACGAUUCUCUUCGGCACCGUCAAAUACGGCGAGGGCAUCGGGCGACGGGCCAAUUUUGGCUCACCCGUCACCGGGGUGGCCAUGCUCUUCCGGAUCGUCACCGGCGAGGAUUGGAAUAAGAUCAUGCACGACUGCAUGGUGCAGCCGCCGUACUGCACCCUGGGUAACAACUACUGGGAGACGGAUUGUGGCAACUUCACCGCCAGCCUGAUAUACUUCUGCACCUUCUACGUGAUCAUCACAUAUAUCGUGCUCAACUUGCUAGUGGCUAUUAUCAUGGAGAACUUUUCCCUCUUCUACUCCAACGAAGAGGAUGCCCUGCUUUCGUAUGCGGAUAUACGCAACUUUCAGAACACCUGGAACAUUGUGGACAUCCAUCAGCGUGGAGUGAUACCCGUGCGCCGGGUGAAGUUCAUCCUGCGAUUGCUGAAGGGACGACUCGAGUGCGAUCCGCAAAAGGAUCGCCUGCUGUUCAAGUACAUGUGCUAUGAGCUGGACAAGCUGCACAACGGCGAGGAUGUCACCUUUCACGAUGUCAUCAACAUGCUGAGCUAUCGCUCCGUGGACAUUCGGAAGGCCUUGCAGCUGGAGGAGCUACUGGCGCGCGAGGAGUUCGAGUACCUGGUGGAGGAGGAGGUGGCCAAGAUGACCAUUCGCACCUGGCUGGAGGGGUGCCUUAAAAAGAUUCGUGCCCAAAACGCCAGCAAGCAGCAGAAUUCGCUGAUCGCUGGCCUGCGGGCCACCAACGAGCAGCCGGUGAUGCGGCCCAAUGUCCAGGAGGACAAGGCUCCCCUGGGUGCGGUGGACAAGUCGGCGAUCAGCACGAUCAGUGGCGCGGUGGCCGGCGCCUGUCCGCCCACCAGUGAUGCGUUCUCGCCGACCUUUAGCUCCACGGAAAACGAGGAGAAGGACGGCAGCAGCAGCGCGUUGGUGCAGUUGCCCCACUCGGAGGCAUCGAUAGCCGGAACCGGAAGUUCGGCGACAGCUGCGGCAACGGCAACGGGGGCUUCAUCGGGACUUGGCAUUGGACCACCGGCUGUCCAGUCCGCCGCUCGCCAUGUGAUGACGGUGGGCAAACGGGGCUAUGCCCUCAAUCGAUCCGAUUCGACGGGCAGUUCGGCGGGCAGGAAGUUCCUGGCACCCACCUCCAGUGAUCCCCAGCAGCGUUCGACGCUGAGCGACAAGGAGCGCUUGCACAUCACCAGCCAGCAGCGGAAAAAGAACUCAAUGACCACAUUGCCACAUGCCGGCCAACUGGGGCAGUUGGCCAAGCAACGCGGCGGUGGUGGUGGUGUUGGUGGUGAGGCCACCAAAUCGUCCAGUUUCUUUGCCCAGCUAAACAGCGAGAUUGGCCAGUUCCAUUAUCCGACAAUAAACGCUGCAGCCGCCGCAGCGGCCCUGCAUGGCUAUGGACAUGGACAUGGCCAUGGACACGGCACACAUGGUGGACACGGCGGCCAUGGGGAGCACCAGCAGCAUCAUCACCAUGGCGGCGCCCUCGGCAGUCCGUCGGCCAUGAUGAGCCAAAUGAUCGGGGGCAGUGGCAAGUUGCUGCCGUUCAAUAACCAGGCGAAUGCCGUCUACGAGGUGCACGACUGGUGGCAGGAACAGGUCCUGUGUCCGCAGACCAGUGAUGACGAGAUCUAGCAAUGGCCCAACAUCAUGCGUAGGUGGACGAAAACGGGAACGGGAAGCAGGAAGUUCCGCAGAGGAGGUGGAGCCUAUUAAACAUUAUCAUCAACUAGUGGCCUAGAACUUUUUUGUAUAUGCCUAUUAAGUGUAAAUGUAUCGGCCUCACAAUUAACGGUUAACAAUUCUUAACGAGUAUAUAUAUAGAGAUUUAGCUAUAGUUUAGCACUGGGUAAAAAUGAAAGUGUAACAGAAGUUAGGAAACAAAAAGGGCAACCAUUAGUUAUACGUUUUGUUGUUGUUUGCGUGCUAGAUGGUAAAUAUGAUCAGUCAGUCGGUAACUUUGUUAUAGCUUAAAUAUAUAAAGAAAUAUAUAUUAUAUAUAUGUAUAAUGAGUACAUUGCAUAUGGAUUGCAUAUGUCUUACGUAUAGUGCAAAUUUAUAAGCGCGCUGCCUCACCAAAACAGAGCAUUGAAGUUCGUAAAUUGAAAUUGCCCAAAAACUCAAUUAAGUAGCUAACGAAAGCCAACAACUCCAACGUACAGAUUCGAACUAACCACGUUUAUACCACAAGUAGUAGCCGUAGAGAAAGACAGACAGACCCAGACACCAAAACGAAAGAGAUGCCUACUAAGAUAUUUUGAGAUUAGCCAAAGAACUCAGCACAAAUUAAUAUUAACGUUAUUACUACGAGUAUAUAGCCAAAGUCCCCUCCCCCCCCACCAACAAAACCAACAAAAAAAAG